AUGCAACGGUCUGGUGGUAACUAUACACAUAUAGCACAAGGACAUAUCAAACUUCGAUCAUACACACGCUUUGUACACAGUCGCAGUGGCACACAUGCAACUCGCCAAGGUGUCUGUCUAACACCACUACAGACGAAUCUGCUGCAUCAAUCCGAGCGCGAUAGCCACUUCGCGUCUGCAUCAGUUCAGAAGGACUACGCGCGAGUUGCGUUCACACCUAAGGCCCAUCAGUCAAAGCACUACCGUAGCAGUGGGGGGAAUAAGUUUGAACGCACUCGUGCACGACAACGCACUCACGCACAAGCAGCGCACGGGAAGGAUAGACCGAUAUUUAUUCCACAAACCAGCAAAAACAAAGCGAACUUGUUUCGCUUUUUUAAUCCAGUGGAUGUAACGUCCAUGAAGCCAGCUAGACAGACCAUUGACACCAGUGGCACUAAAGAUGUAACGUCCAUGAAGCCAGCUAGACAGACCAUUGACACCAGUGGCACUAAAGAUGUAACAUCCAUGAAGCCAGCUAGACAGACCAUUGACACCAGUGGCACUACAGAUAGUCAGACGCCACGUGUAUCGGCUCCGACUCUACAGCCGUGGGCGAACCGAAUUGCUGAUACGCUGUCUAGAACUGUUGGUGGGAAUGGGACGGGCGCCACAGUACAUACUACGGAUAAAACGAUAGCGAGACGACCAGAGCGCACAGGAGGUCUCUCAUACGCUGUGCAAAGCAGUCACAAGUCACGGGAUGCCGUAGUCAUCUCGCUAGCAACAGAACCCAAGUCCAAAGAAUCGGCACCAAUACACGCGAACCAGCGCACACAGGCCAAGAGAGUGAACGGUCCCACGCAGCCGAAAGCGCAGGUGUCAGAACGAGAGAGGGUGUGGAGUCGCGUGAGAGAGGGUUCACUGCAUGUGCGGGGGGAUGGCGCAUUGGUUAUUGGGACAAGUGCGUGGGCGGGUAAGUCGGGUGGGAACACAGACCCGAAUGUAACUGUGAGGAGAAUUAUGGAAAAGAAUGGGCGUGUGUGGGGGAGGGGUGGUGAUGCGUAUAGUAUAUUGGGAACGGUUGCGCCUAAAAUGACGCUGACGGACAAGGGUUGGAUCAUGGAGGAACCACAGCCCGAUACAACCACGAAGAGGCGUGAAGGCAAGGAUAUAUAUGUAGAGAAGCCUGUGCAGGCGACUAAGAAUAGUAAGAAAGGGAAGAAGAACAAGAAGAACGCCGCACAACAACAACAAGGUGGUAGGUAUGGGCCCGCGCAGAAGGCAUCCAUCGGUGAUGGAUGGUGGAAAGCACACAUGUCGGUGCAGAAGCAAGCGCAGCUGUUGGAGCGCAAGCACAUCAAGCAACAUGCGGGCGAGAAGGAGUGUCGCAUACGACACGAAAGACUCCCGUCUACCCAGCCAGCCAGUGGGGAGGUGGCUGAGGGCAUAGGCGGUCGUUCUAGUGCUGAGUCUACCUCUGGCACGGGGAGAGGGAGUGCAGAGGCCCACAUGCGGGAGAGCCAGUACGAUGGUGUGGGGCAUGGGCGAUGGGGGGCGAAGCCGCGCAACACCUCACCCCAACACACGCCAGCAACCGCUGAGACGCACGCGACGCGUCAUGCCGAGAGUGCAGACGCGCAGGGAAGAGGGCACAGUGGGGAGUGGGUGGGUGGCCGUGCGCGUGACACAAGUCAGCGGACGGUAUCGCAGGACAGGUGUGAGGCACCGUCUCCGGGCGUGAAUAGCCAUCUGCGCGAGGUAAAAAGCAAGAUGCCCAGAGAAUAUGCUGAACCACCAACGCGCGCCGCUGAGCGGGUCGAGGGCGUGCAGAAGGGACCAGUGAUGCAUGGAACCGCGGAGGGGGGGGCCGGUGCACACAGGUACAACGGGACUAAAACAGAGGCGCAGCGGAUGGAACGCGAAAGCAUCAGACAGCGCGCGGGCGAGAACGAGCGACUGGCGACGCAGGAGCGCAAGAACGCGGCGCUGUGGGGGGAAAGCAAGGGGACAACGGGGCAGUCUAGGCCCAAUACCACCUGGACAGGACAGAGCCGGCCACAAGAGGACCGGGGCGCUCUCACGCAGAGUGGGCGCACGGAGACAGCCGCACGGUACGCAAUAAAAAGCUCGCAAUUGCUGACGAAAGCGAGGCAGCAGGAGCAACUGGUCAAGUAUGUGCGCCAGGUGAAGGACGUUCUACCUACACACACCACCGCUGAGCGAGAAGGGGCCAAGACUCCGAAGGUGGAGCCAUUCAUUAUACCUGAAAAGGCCGCCGCACCAAAACCCACCCCACCUACGCCCACGUUGCCUCUGUCUCCGCUGGCGGGUGUGUGGGUGGUACCUGAGCUUAUGAGCGAACGCGCAGCCGCUAAGGCGCUGCGGAAGUCGAGCAAGUCAAAGAAACACUCCAAGAGCAAGGUCGCACCACUGUCCACCACGGAGAUCGCGGAAGCCAUUGCCAGGGUCAAGUUACAGGAGCGUGAGACGACUGACGUGAGUGUGCUGGCGUUGACGCAGUGGGCGGGCGAGGUGCAGAAGAUGAACAAAACCAGCGCCAAGAAGGCGUUUCUCAAGGGCACCAUCAUGCCGUACGUGUCGCUGCUGCACCUGAUGUAUUCGCCGCACGUGUCUUUUGGCGUGACGUCGAAGUCAGUGCAACACGCUGUUAACAGCACGCCGCGCGAAGUGCUGAUGCCACCGCGCGAGGGCUGUGAGAAGCGUCCCAUGUGGACCACUGUACCUCAGACACCUGACGGCAGCGUGCCUUUGAACCACUUGAUCUCUGUGUUGCGGUUGUGCGAGCAGCGUGUACUAACGGGAAAGAACGCGGUCAACGCGCUGGCGGCUAUAGUGCUGCGUUUGCAAGCGCGUGAGAGUGCGCGCGCAGGCGUGCACACGGGGGGGUUAGGGUCUAGCUCACAUGCAUACGAAGCAGGCAGUGUAGCUGCAGCGGAGGACCUUAAGGUGGAGACGAUUAUGGAGUACGAUCACGAUACACACACAUACAAAGCAGUCGGUGCAGCUGCGGAGGAGAACCUUAAAGUGGAGGCGACUAUGGAGUAUGAUCAGGAUACACACCCCUAUGUAGCCAUGGAGGUCGCCUCUAGUAAGACUCGGCCAGAUACACUUGCAUCUGUAAUGGGUACUGUGCAUGAGUCUUCUACCGUUAACCAGGCUGUGGAUGCACUCAGCGUCAUCGAGUGUGUCGCUGCAGACACAGACAAUGUGGUGGAGGGCCCGGUGGCAGGUGAAGUAUAUGAAGAGAAGGUGGCAGGUGAAGUAUAUAGAGAGAAGGAGAAGGUGACAGGUGAACUAUUUGGAGAGGGAGAGAAGUACAACGAGAAGGGGCUAGAAACAGAAGGGUCUGGCGAGAAAGGAGGCGUCGAGAGCGAUGUGUAUGCUCGGCAGAUGGGUGUGGUGUAUGAUGUCAUCAACCGGUCACUGCGUGUGGGCAUUGCCAGUAAAACCAUCAACUCGGUGCUCAAACACAUCCAGAGCGACCUGGAGAACAAUGAGUUGCGCAUGGGCAAGUGGUUUUCCGAGGAAGACGAGAAUAAAGACACGACCACUGGUGCGCGCAAUGGGGAUGUGUGUGACGCACGUGAGAAGGAGGUCUCGCGGGGCGGUGACUGUGUAGGUGUGCAGGCGAAGGGCAGGGAAAUGAAUAUCAUUAAGAUGAUACCCUCGUUCCCUGUGGCCCUGGCUGAAGUGGGCGAUCUCGAGCACCUGGAGAAAGAAAUGGCCCGCGUGCAACGCGGCGUGAACGCACGCACGAAGAAGCAAAAGAAGAAGACGAUGACGCAGGAAGCAGCUGAGGGCGAUCUAGACUCUAGCGCAGGAGGACAAAGUGGCCCUGCACCUGAGACGCAGGUGCAGGGUAGUCCUGUGUGGUAUGCGUCGCGCAAGUUCGAUGGCGUGCGAUGUCUGUGCGUGUGCGUGCCGGAAUCGCUGGCGCACACAGUGCCCGAGUUCAUGCGAAGUGAGAGUGGGAAGGCCAAUGGCAGGGAAACCAGUGAACAGACCUGCAAGCCUCGUGUGGGCGGCCCGUCCAGCCCUGCGGAGUUUGGUGUGCACCCCAUGGACCUGGGGGGUGGAGGAGGAAACAGUGGAUAUGCUGAGACGAGCAAGGAUGAGGGUGAGGGUGAGAGUAUCGAUGUGCUGUUUUAUACGCGCAUGGGCCAUCGCAUCCACACGCUGGACCAUCUCGAACACCGUAUGAAGGAACUCUACACCAUGGCGACGCAGGAAACAGCGCUCAGUGGCGUGAUUGUGUUUGAUGGCGAGUUGACCUGUGCGACGAAUUCCACUACCAAUGACCCACCUCGUGACCGUGACGCUCAAUCCGCGUCCGAGUCCGAGUGCGGUGGAAUGAUCGAUUCUACGCUCAAUAGCCAAGCUGCGCCGGAAGUAUCGCCCGAUACGCGGGCGGACUCGGAGAGCGUCGCAGAAACUGCACGCGACCAGGCGCCGACUACAACGUGCCGCACGGUGGUGGAUAUCACUUCAGCGCACCACCCACACGCCAAUCACCACGACGAGUUCAGUCUGGUCAUGCAGCAGUUGCGCCGAAAGGACGCGAGUAUGCCUGAGCCAGUGCUGUGGGUGCUGGAUGUACUGGACGCGCGCGAGUUUGUGGCGGGCACAGGCACUCGCGCGUUUAGUGAGCGUGUGGGCGUCAUGCGCACCAUUGCUGAGCGCAUGAAGGCGCGGCAGGCGACGGCUGCGCAGCAUCGGAUAGAUGGGCCGCAUCAGCCGAGUGACGUGCCUGGAGUGGUUGCUGCGGAGAUGAAGGAUGGAGCAACCGGUGCACAGGUCCACAAUCCAUUGCAUAGGGCAAACUCGCACCCACCCUCACAGGACAGGGACAGUGGGGGCGAGCGCAGGGGAGUGGUGGAGCAGGCACGCCACGCGGCCGCACGGGCGGCGCAGGUGCACUUCAUCGAUCACAUGGAAGUUCGGGACAUCAAGAACGUCAGGCGCCUGGUGCGCCACGCCAACAAGAGUGGGUGGGAGGGCAUCAUGCUGCGCAAGGGACAGAGUGUGUACAGCGGGGCACGCACCAACGAUCUGGUCAAGAUCAAGCCUUGGCUGGACGGCGAGUACACGGUCACGGGGGUGGAGGUGGGGAAGAUGCGGCAGAGCGUUGCUAGGCAACGGAGACUGGAGACGGAGCAGGCUGCCGCCAAACUCUUGACCCUGGAAUCCGCCACCAGUGAAGGCAUAGGCCAGGCGUGUGAUCUCAGCACGGAGCAGUCAUCGGAGGACAACAGCCAAUCAAAUGAACGCACGAGUGAUGGCGCAUACGCCGACGCAGUGGAUGAGAACUUGGACGAGAAGGUGGUGACUCGGUUGAACAUAAGCCACCACGGUUGUAAGGUGGGGGUUGGCUCGGGCCUGACCAUGGCGCAGAGGCGCGCGUGGGCGAAGGAUCCGUCGCUGAUCACAGGCAGCGUGGUGACAGUCAAGUACCGCGAGGAAUUGGUCAGCAAUAUCACGCAGAGGUACUCGCUGCGCCACCCCACUCUGGUGCAUGUGCAUUCCGCGGAAGGACGCGUCAUGUGAGGCUACGAGAGAGAGGCCGUAGUAUGUGCGGACGGUACAGGGGUGUGGCCAAUCGCAGCCGCAAGCAGCAGGCG